UCCCUUGAAAACAGUGGCUACGCUCGGGAUGGGCAAUGUCGGUGCGUUAACGGUGUGGUAGGGUGUAGUCGCUACCGUUUUAGGAAGGAAAGACGAAAUAAGGAUAGAAGGAAAGGAUUACCAAUAAAUAAGGACAUUUUACCGAUCCGUCAGGAUCACCAUGGCAAAGUUAUUGCUCAUCGUGUCGCUGUGUGUAGCGUCAAGCGUUGCCCAGCAACUGGCACGUGAGACCUGUGACGCCAGUCGCAGAAAGGCGGAAGCGCAAGUAGCUGGAGCACAAGUUGUACUUGGCGGACUUUUUGAAAUCCGACAACCGAGCACCGAUGGCUAUGGGUGCGGCCAGCCAGCACCAGAUUUAAUGCAGAUAUACGAGGCUGCCCGCUGGGCGAUAUCUCUGCUGAAUAGUAGAAAUUCCAACCAAGGAUUUAUCCCAAGUAUCAGAUUUGGUUUGCAAGCCUAUGACACUUGUUUUUCCCCGGAGCAAAGUCUUGGAGCAGUGUACGACUUCUACCCACAGGCCUCGUCCAAAAGCAUGUACUGCACGAGCUCAACCACUCAGGCUUUUCCUGGGUUCGUUGGCCCUCUGUCAAGCUGGACCUCGCUGUCGGUGGCCGGCCUUAUGAAAAAACUUAACAUACCUGCCGUGGCUCCUCGACCAAUGUCGUCUGCUCUAAGUAACAAGAACCUCUACCCAACAUUCUACAGGACGUCGCCAUCGUCAGCUGCACUUGUUCGGGCAACCAGCGCUCUACUGGACCGCCUACAGUGGAAUAAGAUCAUAAUGGUAUACUCCGACUCAGAGUAUGGCCGGGACGGCCUGAAGAACAUGCUCGAGUUUGCUCUCACCAGUGGCAGAUGCAUAGUUCAAGCUAUUCCAAUUAAAAGCGGAGAAACAGAAAACCAGUUUUUCAGCCGCCUUUCAGCAGUCCAGCAAUAUGACGUCAACGGUGGUCUUUUCUGGGGAAGUGCUGCCGAAAGCAACGUUGCCAUCGCAGCACUCGAACGACUCAACCAAGCAGCAACCUAUGGGCACAUCCAGUGGAUCUUCACCGAUCUCGAUACCUCUAAAUCCUACACCGAGAGAAUAGCCAGAGGGGCACUGGUCAUCUUACCAACAUCUACCGUUAUUGAGGAGUUUAGGAGCUACUGGGCAGGACUUAACCCAAACUCUCCAUCAAACGAGAACCCCUGGUUCAUGGACUGGUACAUGACAAAGUAUCAGUGUCGUCUGACAGGCGUUAACUACCAGCCAUAUGUCUCGCUGCCAGGUUGUCCUUCUGUGGACUUGACAUCUCAGUACAACAACUACGUUCAGAACCCGUAUGUUGAGAGCACGGUUAAGGCAGUUUUUGCAUAUGCGGCAGCUUACAAGAACGCGAAUCGGGAUUUCUGCACCAAUCGCGGUCGAGGUGGAUUCUGUGAUGACCUGAAAAAUAUAAAUCCUGUGACUUUGAAUGCCUAUUUGAAGGCUCUGAGGUAUACCUUCACUGCCGAGGAUGGUAUGGCCAGCAUGGUAGGGAAGUCAAUCGCCUUCGAUGACAACGGCGACCCUGUGACUUCCUCGUUCACACUUUGGAACUACGUCAACAACGUUUUCGAGAGGGUGGGGAAUUACACCAACAACGUCUUGAACCUUGAUGUAAGCACUAUCACGUUCUACGCCAGUGACCGAAGGACCCAGCUAUCUUCACCUCCAACGUCCCUGUGCCCAGCCGGAGGGUGCCAGAACUGCCUCAUGCCAACCAACAACAUCCAGUACACAUACAUACCAGGUGACAUUAUCCUUGGCGGGAUGGUGGGAGUUCGCAAUACAGGAACCGAUCCGAUGACAUGUACAGACAUCUCUAGCCUUGGAAGUGAAGCUCUUCUGGCUUUGAGAUAUGGUCUUAUGACCUUCAGAGAUGCCCUUGGAAGCAAUACUCUCAAUGGGGUAGAGCUUGGAGCCCUCGUUGCUGAUACCUGCAACAGAUACAUUGCAGAUGCCUUCCUCAGCGAACUUCUGGGUGGAAAAAAGAGUUUCAAGGAUAAAUCUGGUGGAAAUAUUGACACAGAAUUCCUUACUUCCUUCAUAAACUUCAGAGAGUCAUCACUGGCUGUGGCUACGUCAAACAUCCUUGGACAAUAUAGGAUGCCUGAGAUAGAAUCGGCGGCGACGGCCCCAUCGCUAAACAACAAGAUGAUGUACCCUUACUUUAACAGGGCGUUACCGUCCGGCGACGCCAUGAAUUCAGCUAUCAUCAAUAUCUUGAAACGACAGCGUUGGAGCUACAUCCAGAUACUAUACCGUUCUGACGCCUUCGGUCAAGAGCAAAUGAUGUCAUUCAAGAAAGUAGCUGCAAAAGCUAACAUCUGCGUUGCUGCCGCACACAGCUUAAGCAUUGGUGGUGCUGCUGUUUUGGAUAAACUCAGAGAACACACCGAAGCCAGGGCCGUUGUUGUAUUUGGCUACGGUCCAGAUAUCCGCGGGAUCCUCGAAGCUAUGAAAUUAAACAAUGCAAAGGGAGAGUUUGUUCUUGUAGGGAGUGAUAAUUGGGGCGACAGGACGAGCAUCGUCAGUGGUUACGAAGACAUGGCUGAUGGAAGCUUUACGGUAAAACUUGCGCCCCCAGAUGCAACCGGGUUUAACAACUACUUAAGAAACUUGACCUGGAAUACAAUCAAAGCUGACCCUGUCAUGUCUAAGCUGUACGAGAAGACGUUCAGCUGCUAUAUCAAUGCAGGUGAUAGAGGAAGAUACAACACACAGUGCUUUCCCCAGGUCCUGAGUUCCACAUCCCCUUACUCCCCGUUUGUGGUGAGUGCUGUGUACUCCAUGGCGCUGGCUCUUCACAAUACCCUGCAGGAGGUAUGCGGAAACAACUACAGGGGGCUCUGCAACGACUUCAGAAACAAAGACGACGUCAGCACAAAACUACUUCAGCAGCUGAGAAACAUUUCUUAUGUCAACCGUAGAACUAGCCAGACAUUUUCUAUUGUCAACGGAGAAGGAAUGGCUGACUUUGACAUCUUCAACUUCCAAAAUGGCGCUGGAUUUGGUGGCUACAUACCUGUUGGGAAAUACCAAACUGCCAGUGGCACCAUCAGCAACUUCCAAGACAGUAAUGUCCGCCUGCCAAAUGGAGCUGGGUCGACCACUCUCACGUCACGAUGCAUGAACAAGUGUCUCCAAUGCUAUAUGUACCAGCAGCAACCUUUCCUGUACAUGCCUGGAGAUGUCUUACUCGGGGGCAUGUUCUCUGUCAGCAACUCCGGUAACCAGGGCCCAUUUGUUUGCGGAUCUGUCAAAACAACAAAUGGAUUCCAGUACACUGCUGCUAUGCAGUAUGCCAUCGAAACAGUAAACAACAAAGAAGCACCUGUUGGUUUGAAUGGCAUCAAACUGGGAGGCUUGGCACUUGACCAUUGUAACAACGAGGACCGACCUUUCUCCCUUCUCUCCAGUAUAUAUUCUGGGAUGAUGGAGCAGUCCCUACCGAUGACCGGGUCAUCAGGCAACCGGAAACCCCUAUCAAGAUCUAUUGCAGCUUGGAUCACGGAUAAUACGGCCAGCACCCGGGAAGCAGGGGACUUCCUUCAACCAUUCAACAUCCCCAUCGUCAGUCCAUCUGCCACCUCCGAGUCCUUGAUGAACUUAACGUCUUUCUACAGAACCACCCAGGGAGAUGACACAGUUGCGAUUGCGAUAGUAAAGAUUGUGAAAUCUCUGAACCUCCCAUAUAUCCAGCUGGUACAUAGUGCCAACAGCUACGGGCGCGGUGGUUUGAGUGCCAUACAGGCAGCUGGACAACAGGAAGACAUCUGUGUUAUAUCAUCCAUUGAAUUCGACUCAACCAUGUCUUCAGAUGAUGUCAUCCGGAAACUCACCGAGAGUCCUACACACGCUGUAGUCCUGUUUCUGGGUACAUCUGAUAUGACUAAGUUAAUGGAAGCCAAAGCAAGAAGCACUGUUGCCAAUGUGGGCAAUCUAGUGUUCGUAUCACCCGAACCUUACACCAGUGUUGUUCAAAAGGCCGGAUCAGCGGCAGCAAGAUUGCUCAGCAUCAGACUGAAGACACCAACACUCACAAGCUAUAAUAACUACCUUGGCAAUAAGACACGGUCAUACUACACAGAUAAUCCAUAUUUCGCUAAGUACUACAUGGCUAUCUACAACUGUAACCUGCCUGGCUACUACAUGUCCAGCACCACCUGCACGUCUCCACCUACUCCACUCUCUGACAACAUAAACUUCACCCAAAGCAAUUUCAUCCUCGCUACCAUCAAUGCAGUUUAUGCUGCCACAUACACCUUGGAUGCAACGCUUAAGGAACUAUGUGGUGAUGACUACAAUGGUGUCUGCCCUGAAUUCUCGAACGCCAAUGACCUCACCACACGACUUGUAGACAAUCUCAGACUUACCAGUUUUGACAACAUGGGCAACAGCUUCCGCUUCCUGAACAGAGAAGGCAACAGUGGUUAUGACAUUCUUCGCUUCGAUGGAGGAAAUUAUCAAACCGUGGGUAGUUACGAAGGUGCCGCCCUCCAAGUCAAUGCAGGCCUAAGUGCUCUCUACAGUGAUGUGACCUCCAAGUGCAACUCCGACUGUCUAGGAUGCAACCAGCGUGGACUCAACUUCUCUUACGUACCAGGAGAAAUACUUCUUGGAGGUAUUUUUGAUGUCCAUGUCAAGAGUUCUAAUACAUUCAAAUGUGGAGACAUAAACACUCUACACGGGUUCCAGCUGCUGGAGGCCUUCAACUUUGCCUUGGAAAGGGUUAACAGCAAGGAGGGCAUGUUUGCUAAUAUCCUUAGGGGAACAACUCUUGGAGGUGUUGGUCUAGACUCUUGUGAGAGCGCAAUCAGGACAGGUUACCUGGUGUCUAACAUCCACAAUGGACUGACAAAUCUUGCAAAGAAUGGCUACAUAGUUGAUCCAGAUCUAAUCGACCUAUACCUUGGUGGUUAUUCAAGUGACCGAUCGAUCUAUCUUGCCCGAAUCCUGUCUGACCUCGAAAUCCCUCAGAUCAGCUAUGCUGCUACCUCUACUGCCCUGCUUGAUCGCUAUCGGUACCCUUACUUCUACCGCACUGUUCCCGCAGACGACAAGCAGGUGCAGGCAAUGACCACCUUCCUGAACUCCAAGGACAUUCGAUAUGUUCAGGUACUCUACGCACAAUCCAACUAUGGCGAGUUUGGCGCGGCAGCGUUCAAACGUUUGGCGCCACUAAAGAGGAUCUGUGUAGCCCAGAUGGUUAUGUUCCCUGACAACGGUACUGUAUCCAGGGAAAGUAGUAACGAUGUUGUCACACAGCUACUGGCCAAACCUGUUGCCAACACCAUUGUCGUCUUUGCUGGUACAAGUUACAUCAAUGCCCUGCUGAGAGCUGUCCAGAGGAACCCUCGCGCCAUUGGCAAGUUCCGGUUCCUGGGGUCUGAAACAUGGGCGAAGAAUGAAGAUGCUAUCCUGGGAGUUGAGCAGAUUGCCAAAGGAUCUGUGACGUUCAGUUUGAAGACAGUCAAUUUAAAGGUGUAUGACGAUUAUCUAAGUGGAAAGACGCCAGCUAAUUCUCAGGAUAACCCUUGGUUCAAGGAAUAUUAUGAGGAGAUCCAGAACUGUUACCUGACGGUCCCAGACGACAAAUACACUAGGAAAUGUCCCCAGACGCCAGAGAACCUCAUCUCCAGCAUCCGAUACAAGCAGGACCCUGGCGUCCUACACGUCAUCAACUCCGUCUACGCUGCUGCCUUUGCAAUAGAUACCACGCUCAAAGAGAUGUGUGGCGAGAACUACACAGCCGUAUGCAAGGCCUAUCGUAACGGACCAGACACAAAAGAUGUGAUUCUGAGGAAUCUACAGAAUGUGAACUUCCCUGAUCCAUCUGGCGACAAUUUCAACUUCACCGACCGCAGAGAAGGGAGCAAGGGUUACGACAUCUACGACAUUCAGUUCAUCCCAGUGGAAGGAUAUGUUUACAGGAAGAUUGGUACGUACUCAAGCAGUGGGACUAUCGAUGUUCCAGCAUACACCCCAGACUGGGAUGGAAGUUGCACCCGCCAAGAGGCAUGCUCAGAGUGUCCCACCAUUAGAAAUAGUGGCAUUCGGUACGCGAUCUCUGACCCACCCACCGCUAUGUCCAAUCCCCUUAAUGUGAUUGGGAUCUUUGAUGUCCACAACCAAGGAACUGAUGCUUACAGGUGUGGAUCCUUGAGAAUGGAUGGCUAUAAACAGUUCAAUGCUUUCUUCUACGUUAUGCGGAGAUUGAGUUCCACGUUUAACCUCAACAUCAGAGCUGUCGCCAUUGACACAUGCUCCAACAGCCUUCGUGUUGGUCAAGACAUCUAUAAUUUAUUGGAAGGAAAGGGGCUCUGUAACUCCGACUUCAUACAUGUCAACGGGUCCAUAAAAUUAAACAACAUCGGUGGUUUCAUAACAGCCGGUAAUGAAAACACACGUGAAGCGUCCCGUGUUCUCAACGCCUUCAAAGUCGCCUACAUUAGCCCAAGUGCUCCUUCUAUCAUAUUUAACAACACUGACCUGUAUCCAUACCUCGCUAGGACGACGGCUCCAAAGGGACAACUAUUAAAAGGUGUAGCCGAGUUGAUGAAAGAGAUGGGAUGGUCUUACGUUACUGCUGUUAGCUCAAGCUGGAGAUUUGAUGAUGGGGGAUACAGACAGUUCCUCUCUGUAUCUGGCGGCAGGACGUGUGUGAGAUCAUCCUUCAACCUCCCUCCUAAUCCUACGAUAGAGGAUGGGACUGAAGCUGUUACACAAUUACUUGCAGCAGAAGGGUCCAACGUCGUCCUCCUCUUCACAACACAUCAAGACACACUUAUGAUCCUUCGGGCAGCUAAGAACCUCAACGUGCUAGACAAAUUCCUCUGGGUGUUCACCGAUCCGGAAGCCACAAGUUGGACAAUGCCAAGUGACUACUACUUCAAGGCUUUGAUGCUGAAACCUCGUGAGGGAAACGUGCAGGGAUACAUUAAUUACGAAACCAGGAUGACAUAUUUGUCAAAUAAUAAUCACAAUGACAAAAGUAUUCCUAAGAGUUGGUAUGAAGAAUUUUAUCAGAGACAUUUCAAAUGCAGACUAUCAGAUGCCGAUGUUGUAGUGACUGAGUUCACGAGGGAAUGUACCAGGGGGGAAAAUUUCAAUGGUGCUUAUAAUGCUACACAGGACCGCUACACUUUAUCAACAGUGGCAGCUAGCUAUGCUCUGGUUAAUGGGCUCUAUGAUUUCCGUGGUGCGAACUGUGGAACACAGACCACUCAGGACUGUUUGGCGUCACUUUCAACGGCCAGGGAACGUAUGUUUAGUAGCCUGUUAAAUAUAUCUUCAGUUCCAUUACAUGAGAUAGCGAACAUCAACACUGGGGGCGACUUCAACCUUUUCUUCAACAAGGAGAGAUUCUGGGAUGCUGGGUAUGUCAUCGUCGCGUACGACUCCAGAAAAAGUGCUCCAAGUGAAGAGAUUGGUGACUGGGGAAGCAACGCUUUGACUGUAAAUAACAAGGGCAGUUUGUCCACAUUCCUCUCCAACUGCCCAUCGAACCAGGAAUGCGGCUGCGCAAAACCAACAGAACCUACAACACUUCCGCUGAAAGGACCAUCCUACACAGGUCCAAGAAAUUACUACAAGUAUGCUGAUGACGGAACAAGGAUCUAUGACUGGCCUGUAUGGGCUAUAGUUGUGGCGGUGCUCACCAGUAUCGGCAUACUCGUCACUAUCAUCAUAACGCUGGUCCUUCUGCUCACCUACCCCAUCAGGGGGGGUACAACCAUCCUCGGUUUCAUGGUCCUCUUGGGCAUCUUGGGCAUCUACGGGGUCAACUUCGCCUUCUUCCUCCCCGCCUCCUUCGAAACGUGUGCAGCUCGGCGGUUCUGCAUGGGUGUUAUCUAUAUGAUUGUAUUUGCUUCCUUACUUGUCAAAGCAGUAGACAAUUGGAGGUACGGGGAACUGUCAUGGGAAAAUCAGAAGAAGUAUCGCGGUCUAACAAGCGCCUGUUCUCUUUUCAUGAUUGCCGUGGGCAUUGUUCUAGUACAGGCGAUAAUCCCCAUAAUGUGGAUCAUCCUCAUCCCGCCUACAGCGUCUAGGGUGAUGGACGUCAACGGGAAUGUUGCAGACCUCCUGCAUGACCACAUGUGGUGCGACCCGACGGAUAUGUAUGACAUUGCCUUAGUCCUGUCCUUCAUCUUCGUCAUGUUCAUCGUCCUGUUGACGUCGAUAUUCUCGGCGAUGGCGUGGGACAGCGAGGUAAACAACAGGGAGUCCAGGUGGAUCCUCAUCGCCUGCAUCUGCACGGCUGGCUGUUUCCUGGUGUGGAUGAUCGUCACAACUAGUGCUGGACCCACGUAUCGAGACCCUGCUGUCGCCAUUGCCAACUUCGUUAACGCUACAGCACUCCUCAUCUGCCUCCCCCUCCGCAAGACUUCUCUGCUCAUAGCCUACAAGAGGGACGAGAAAUUAGAUAAAGAAGACCCAGGUGACUACGAAAUUUACAGCCAACCCACUGUUGAAUAUACUAACAAUGCAUACGAUCCAGAUUAUGACUUCCAGAGACAGGACUCGAAGCAAGAUUCGGAUGUUGGUUUCUAGACCAAACAGGCAGAAUUAGGUUCAUCCAUGCGUUCGUAUUGCGUUGUGGACCCAGAAUACGUCACAAGAAAGGAGCAAGCGCGUGCACAACUGGGGAUAUGCAGCAGGCCACACAUCCUGAUAUCACUGAUUGUGUUGCCAUGGUUACCAUGAAACUCAUGAAACUAUUCAUUCCAUCGUUGUAGAUACAUAAUGUAGAUUUAUGUGUAUAUAAAUGUUAUCAAUGUACAUGUACCUACAAGAGAACCUUCCCCAAAUGAAGUAUUUCUGAAUUUGAUUUGAAAGUGGCCAAACUGUAAAGUGUUUAUUGCAAGUAAACUGAUAUUCGAUAAUUCCCAGCAAAUCGGUGCUCGACGUAUGUAUAUAAUAAAACUUUUGUACAGAAAAGGGUCUUGAUGAAAUUACUUUGAAACCUGUGGCAAAAUUCUUGUGAUAAAAUGUAUUAAAUUUUUGUCUCAAUCUUGCAUAGGAACAUUAACAGAUAUUUAUCGCUUGCAUAUUGAUAUCGUGAGCAGUUGUAAAUUGCAAGUUUUUAUAACACAAAUCCACAAAUAUAUAACUGCAUACAGGAACGUCUGAAUGGAUUUUGGAUGUGACAGUAUAAAAAUAUAUAUAUAGAAACAUUUAUACGUGAAAAUGAUUGUAUAUACUUACCAUGAAUUAAAUAUUUUUAUAUUA